UUUAAUGAAAGUGUUUCUGCAGCUGCAACUCGAUAUUCGUCAAAACACUACAGCGAUUAAAUACAUAAAAGACCGCAGAUGCGUUUAACUGUUUGUUUUCUCAAGACUUCAGUUAAACGUAUUCAAAACAACAUGCACCUUUGCGAAAUGUAGCAUUUUGCUAAUUUAACUACUAAGAAAGCAACACAUGGUGGCCUUUGCACUUAUUCAUUACUACAUCUUGAAAACGACAUACUUUAUAUACAUGUGCACAAAUUAAAAGCCCAUAAAAUAUAUGAUCAAGAUAUAGACUCUAAUUUCUGUUUUGUUCGGAGUUUGAUAUAUAUCUAUAAUGACGACAAGGAAGAGAAAAAAGUCAUUAUUACCAAAUUCAGAGUCUGUCCUCAAUCAAACUGAUGAUGAUGAUGUACUUUCCAAGAGACUCAUAAAGUCUCAAUCGGACACUUCCUCGAGGUCUGUCCAUCAAAGUGUGUCGAACGAUCAGCAGCAUAUCAGCCCUUUUUACUCAAUGAAAGAUCCUGUCAGGCUGGGUUACAUCUUUUUCAAUCAGCCCUGUGCUGAUUUGGCAAAAGCCUUUCUCGGUAAGGUGCUGGUGAGGAAGCUAUCUGAUGGCACUGAGCUCAGAGGAAGGGUUGUGGAAACUGAGGCAUAUUUAGGUGGGGAGGACAAGGCGUCCCACUCAGCAGGGGGUAAGCGCACAAAGAGGAACACUGCUAUGUUCAUGGAGCCUGGAACCAUAUACGUCUAUCCUAUCUACGGCAUCUACCUCUGCAUGAACAUCUCAAGUCAAGGAGAAGGGGCGGCAGUGCUUUUGCGCUCAUUGGAACCUUUGGACGGUCAGGACGUCAUGAGGGGGCUGCGAGCAGCCAAACGCAAGGAAGGAGCUAAAACGCUUAAGGACAAAGAGCUCUGCAAUGGCCCAUCCAAGUUGUGCCAAGCACUAGAUAUACAACGCUGCUUUGACUGCCGGGAUCUGGCCACUGACAAUGAGGUGUGGCUUGAAAGGGACCCAGAGAGCGAGACGGUUAAUGCUGAAGCGGUGGUGUCAGCCCCCCGGAUCGGGGUUGAUUCUCAUGGGGAAUGGGCCACCAAACCCCUGCGCUUCUACCUCAAAGGCCACCCAUGUGUGAGUGUAGUGAACAGAGAUGCAGAACGUCAGAUGCACUCACAAUCCUGCACCCCUUUGUCUGCUCUAGGCUCCCAAAUAUUAAGACGGGAAGGACAGUCUGCUGCAAACUUAGCUGUUCAGUGAUGAAAAU